CUCGGUUUGGAAGUUUUGUGUUAAGCGAACAGCGCAUACCCGUGUUUCGGUAACAUAAAAGUCCAACGUUGCAGUGUGCAUCUUCAGAUCGAGCGCAUAAGAAAACCGUCGAACCGCUAACAAUGUUCUCCAAAGUGAUCGCUGUUUUGGCCUUUGCCGCCGUGGUAGCCGCUAAGCCCCAACAUCAGCAAGCCGCCCAAUUUCCGGCCGGAGUCGAUCCGUCUCGCUGCCCAUCGUACCCGAACUGCGACAAUGCGGCACUCCACAGCCCGAACCCCUACAACAACCACGCCGCCAACCACUGGAACCCGAACUGGAAUGCCCAGCCCAGCUGGAACCCGGCCCCGGCUCCUGCCCCGGCCCCAGCUGCCUACUACCAUGGAGCUCCUCAUUCGUACCAGGCCCUGACCGGACCUAGCCACAACUACCUCGGAGCUCCGGCCCCGACCGCCGGAGGUGAUCGUUACCCCGCCGGAGUCAACCCGCAGUCCUGCCCGAACUACCCGUACUGUGAUAACACCGUCCAGGCUGGAGCCCACCAGGCGGCGCCUCUGCCAGGAUUCACCUCCCGCCAGUACCCGGCUGGAGUGUCCCCGCACACCUGCCCGAACUUCCCGUACUGCUAAGCGUCUCGCCCUCUCCUCUCAUCUACCGAACGCAUCUCGGCCUCUUUCGCCCUUCUACGCAACUUUUCCGCCCUUUUACGCGAAUCCGUCCGACCCGUCCACUUUCUCGUCCUCGUUCCUACCGUCCACCUAACGCCCUGGUUGUAAAUAGCGGGUGCCGGAUUGUUUUCGUUAGUGUUUUUGUGCAUGAAAUACUGCCUCAUUAGUAGACAAGCAACGCGCUUCCUUUGGGAAGAUCGGUAGAGCAACUUGAGCUGCACGUGCGCCACAGCGUGACUUCGGGGAGCUUGUUAGAAAGCUUUGUAGUAGCAACAGCAACAAAAAUAUCGACGGCAGAAGCAAAUGUAAUACCUUCAUCGACCACGUUAUCUCAGCGCGCGAUCGCACACAUCGCAAAUUGAAAUUGAAAUGCAAUUGAUUUAAGAAUCAAACACACACACGUCUUUCACUGUUGCUGAAGCAUGAAUAAUAUCACAUGGUUAAAAAUGAGAAACCACUUCCUGAGCAAUGACUUCCGGAAUAUGUUGGUGGGGAAGUUAGGCAAACUGAUUAUACAGGGAUACAGCGAAGUGUUUUAGAAUGCAAACGAUUCUUUUUGCGGAUGGUUGUAAUAUGCCCA